UCAGAAGGGGACGAAGUUGCGAAACUCCCGUGUAGGAGGGAGCUGCUCUGCAAGCCUGCUGAAAGAGGACUUUAAAAACGCAAAAUAACCUUAAAAACAGAAACCGUAAACGCCAAUCCUCCGAAACCUACAUUUACUGGAAUAUUUUUUUGUAAAACUGAUAAUAUAUCCUAUGUAAAGAAAGUAUUUAUACUUUAUUCCUAUUUGCACUAACCAACGGUACUUCAGAACUACUGAGAAUCUUUAUUUUUUACGAAAAGUAAAAAGAAAUAUUAAACACCCCGUGGAGGGACACCACUACAUUACAAAACCAGCACUUUUUUGAUUUUCCAACCUGUUUCAUCCACGUCCCGGUUGCUUUUGCUGCCCUGCCUGGAGCACGUCUGUGUUGCCAAACACGGAUAAACAAAGCAGACCCGGUGGACACGUUCAAGGUCAGACGAAGCUAAUCUUCACACAUCUGGUACACUUCAGCAGUCCGCUAUGCAGCUCGAAAUCCAAGUAGCUCUCAACUUCAUCAUCUCGUACCUGUACAAUAAGCUGCCCCGGAGGCGGGUCAACAUCUUCGGCGAGGAGCUUGAGAGGCAGCUGAAGCAGAAAUAUGAAGGACACUGGUACCCAGACAAGCCAUACAAGGGCUCAGGAUUCCGAUGCAUCCACGUGGGGGAGAAGGUGGACCCUGUGGUGGAGAAAGCAGCCAAAGAGAGUGGGCUAGAGAUCGAGGAUGUUCGCAAUAACCUGCCCCAGGACCUCAGCGUGUGGAUUGACCCCUACGAGGUGUCUUACCAGAUUGGAGAGAAGGGGCCCAUCAAAGUAUUGUAUGUCGAUGACAGCAAUGAAAGUGGAGCCAACAGUGGAGGACUCGAUCUGGACAAGGAGAUCAAGAACAGUUUCAACCCCGAAGCGCAGGUCUUCAUGCCGAUCAGUGAACCUGCGAACGGUGCCUCGCCGGGCUCCAGCUCUCCGUCUCCCCCGUUUGGCCACUCGGCGGCGGUCAGCCCCACCUUCAUGCCCCGCUCCACCCAGCCUUUAACCUUCACUACAGCCACUUUCGCAGCUACCAAGUUCGGCUCCACUAAGAUGAAGAGCAGUGGACGCAGCAGCAACAACAACAACAAUGGCGGCGGCAGCAGUGCUGGGAACAAAGCGGCCCGUACCUCUCCCACCAACCUGGGCCUGAAUGUGAACAGUCUCCUCAAACAGAAAGCCAUCUCCACCUCCAUGCACUCACUGUACGGGCUGGGUCUCGGCCCGCAGCAGCACCCAAAGCCCUCCGCCUUGUCCCCGAAUGCCAAGGAGUUCGUGUUCCCUCCCCUGCAGGGCCAGGGUAGCCAGAGUGCUCUGUUCCCAGGAGACAGCUCGCUCAGCCUCAGCCCGCUGCAGUACAGCAAUGCCUUCGAUAUGUUUGCGGCCUACGGUGGCCUUAACGACAAGUCCCUCAUGGAUGGCUUGAAUUUCAGCUUAAGCAACAUGCAGUAUUCUAACCAGCAAUUCCAGCCAGUCAUGGCCAACUAGUACGCGUUAAAGUACUACUUAAGCUACUUCAUGCAGAAAUGACCAGAGAUAAUGUGAUGGGGGGAAGCAAAACAGAUGCACAUUUUGAAAAAAAGAAAAACAACCUUAAAAAAAGUGUAAACACAAAAAAACAGAAUGUCAAAGUAAAAGAAAAAAAAAGACUUGUAAACCUGUAAGAUCUCAGUUUCGAGUCAGAGCAUGAGCCCGAGGGAGAAUUUCUACGCCCCCUUGAGUUAUACUGUUUCAUUUUAUUUUUUUUCUUUCUUUCUUUAAACAAUGAAGCUUGUAGUACAAGAUGUCCAAGCUUGGUUACCUAAACUUACGAAUGCAUCGUUGUCAUUUCUUUUGCCAACCAAGCACAAAAUAUUUUUUUUAUGUAACUGUUUUAAGAUAUAUAUAUUGAAAAAAAAAAGAGGACAAAAAAGAAGAAAAAAAGAGAGACAUCAUCACAAGUCAUGGCCUCUUUCAGUAUUUAAAAACAUAACUGGACAUCGCCAAUUUCGUCACGAAAAUUGGCAGAAAUAAGUGGGAUUUCCUGGUCUUUUUCUAAUUGUAUAAUUUAAUUUAGUACAAGAGUUUGUAAAAUAUCAGAGUAUCUAUUGUUUCUACGACAUGGUAUUGCAUUUAUAUCUUUUUACUACUCCAGUGAUCUGUGAUGGCUGCAGCAACUUUAUGUUUUUCUUUUUUUUAUUAAAAAAAUUAUACAAAAAAAACACCUGAAUCCAUCUGUUUAAAAAAUAAUAAAUAAAAAAAGAAAAAAAAAACAUGGACUACCCUGAAGAUUGUGUACAGAAUAUUCCGUAGUGGUGGGAUUUAAGAAUAUUUGCUUUUUUGAAAAAACAUAAGAGUUGUAUUUUCUGUUAAGAGUUUAAAGAUUUUUGCUAUAUAAUGGACAAAAUGUAAUCGUAUAUUAAUUUUGUACCUACAUUGUGCAAUACUUGAUAAAAGCAAACGGUAUAACAAAA